CGACGAUAGAGGGAUACAGCCACGUUAGUUAAGUGGACGGUAUGCAGCUGUACUUAGUGGUCUCGUGUACCUUGGUUUUGUACCAAACAUUGGUACUUGCUAGCCAACCCGAGGUACUUGUGCAGCAGGGUACUCUCAAGGGUUUCUGGGACAAGAGUGUUGGAGGACGUCCCUACGCCGCCUUCCUGGGGAUACCCUACGCCAAACCUCCCGUCGGCAAGCACAGGUUCAAGGAACCUAUACCCGCUGAUCCAUGGAUUGGAGACUAUUAUAACGCCACGAGGGAACCACCGAUGUGUCUUCAGCUGAAGCAUGUUAACGUGAAAAUACCUUUCCCCGUUUUGGGUUCCGAGGACUGCCUCUACCUCAAUGUCUACACACCAGCGAUCAGCGAUGAAAGAAGCACAGACGGAAAACUUCUGGACGUCAUUGUGUUCAUUCACGGUGGAGCGUUCAUGUUCUUGUCUUCGAAUAUGUUCGGAGGUUCACUUCUGAUGGACCGAGAUAUCGUCUUAGUCACCCUCAACUACAGGCUCGGACCUCUAGGCUUCAUGAGCCUUGGUGACGACAUCUUGCCAGGUAACAACGGCAUGAAGGAUCAGGUACUCGCCUUGAAAUGGGUAAAACAGAACAUAGCGGCCUUCGGUGGAGAUCCCAACAGCGUCACGAUCGCAGGAUUCUCCGCAGGAUCUGCCAGUGUUCAUUACCAUGUGCUGUCACCUCUUAGUAAGGGUCUAUUCAAGGCAGCCAUUUGUGCCAGCGGUUCUUCCCUGAAUCCUUGGACGUUUGCUGAGAACUCCAGAGAGAAGGCGCUCUUCGUGGCCAGAGGAUUAGGAUGUCCUACGGAAAAUUCCUUAUCUGUGAUCAGGUGCCUUCGAGACCGACCUGCCGAACACAUCGUUGGAAUGACGAGACACUUUUUAAAUUGGCUUUACAACCCGUUCUCUCCUUACGCUUUGGUUGUGGAGCCCCCAAGUCACAAUGCUUUCCUUCCAGACACUCCUAUAAAUCUCCUAUUACAAGGAAAAGCUGCGGACGUCCCUAUACUCUUCACAUUCGACAAAGAUGAAGGGCUAUACCCUGGUGCAGAGAUCGUGGGUAAAACUGAAAAUUUAAAAGAGAUGAGCGCUCGUUGGGAUGAACUUUUGCCUUCAGUCCUGGAUUACAAUUACGCAGCACCCUCAGAAGAAUCUAAGCUAGAAAUCAGCCAAAAAAUCAAAGAAUAUUACGAUGUAGAUCUCGAUACAAAGGAAGGAGUUGCUAAUUUUGUCAAUUUACUCGGCGAUAGAUUAUUCCUUCACGGAAUCAUCAAAGCUGCCAAAAUCCACUCUAACCUAUACUCUUCUCCGGUCUACUUAUAUCGAUUCUCUUAUAUGGGAGAGAACAGCUUCUCUGUUGGUUUCGGAGGUACCAAAGAAUUAGGUGUGUGCCACGCAGAUGACAUCAUGUAUGUUUUUGCGAUGGAAAAAAUGAACUCGCAAGAAACUGAGUCGGAUAGGCAAAUGGCGAAGGACAUGGUGGACUUGUGGGUCUCUUUUGCUGUCAAUAGAACCUUGGAUGGAAAAACGUUUAAAGAGAACUUGCCCCAGAUAGCCUUCACCGAUAUCCAAGGGCCUUCAAAGCAGGAACACAUGCUUGUCGAGGAUAUGGGAGAAGAAAAGUUCUGGGACAAUUUGAAUCUGAUGGAGAACAUAAUCGUUUCUAGUCAUGAAGAACUUUGAAUCGUUUCAAUUUUAAGAAUCGAUUGCCUACAAUACUGAUAAGUCAAUUUGUGCUGGACAAAAUCGUUAUUUUAAGGAACUAGUUUCUUUAGUU